AGAUGUUGUUCGGUCAAAAUGGCUGCCUGUAGCCGACGUGUACUGCUCUUCAGCGUAAUACUGUCAUUUUGUGUAAUUAAUGGAGAAGAAGCUUAUGUCAAGAAGAAUGCCGGUGACAAAACAUUGGAGAGAUUCAAACGCAGAAAUCUUGAACCGGGGCAAAAUAAUGUAAUUCCUGCUGGAGAUGCUGGUCAAAGAUUUCCAUACGUUAAGGCUGGUGAUGGAGAUCCGCAAAACCAUAUCCCAAUUGUAAAAGAGAAACUAAAACAACUGGGUGGUCAAAGACCGGGCAUGAAAAGCAUGCUAUUGCAACAAAAUCCACAAUUGGGAGCACAAAUGGACCAAAACAACAACGGGAAAAAUCCGGCAAGGCCGUUAAAGAAAGCGUUCAAACUUGCAGAAACUACAGAGUGCGCUGAAGACAUCAUUACGCACUGCAGCCGGAAAUCAAUGAAAAAUAAUUUUGCCGUAUUAGAUUGUUUACAAAGAGAUCCAAAGGUUGCUGAAGAUAUCAGCCCCAAGUGUCAAAAUUUUGUUUGGCAGUACAAAAUGAAUUUGACCAAAGAUGACCGGUUUGAAUAUGCUGCUGAUGAAGUUUGUGUGAAAGAGCUGAAAAAUAUACCUGAAUGUGGAAAACUACAAAAGGGCGGGGGACAGAUUAUCCCUUGUCUAGUGGAAAACAUUGAAAACAUCACAGAUAAUAACUGCAGAACUUACCUCAACAAGAUGGCAAGGAUUGUCUUCAGUGAUUUCCGCAUGGUCUACGGCUUCGUUGAUGAAUGUAGUAGCGACAUCCAGGCACAUCAGUGUGGGAGACUACAGUUCGAGGAUAGUAAGGCUGUUCAUUCCCAAGGCAGAACACUGCACUGUUUGGCCAAGAAGAUCAGCCAACUGAAUCCUGUCUGUAAGAAACAGUUGUUGAGGAUAGCGGAGCUUCAAGCCGACGACUACCAUCUCGAUAGGCCCUUGUUUUACGCCUGUCGUCUUGACCGCGAGAGGUUCUGUGAAAGCAUUGUGGCUGGACAGGGAAGAGUCUACGAAUGUCUGUUCAAACACAAGUUUGAUGCUGACAUGUCUGACGAGUGUCGGGACAAGCUGACAGUUAGACAGCGACUGAUAGCAGAAGAUGUUAAAGUGGAGAAGUCAUUCUUCGGUGCCUGUCGAUUAGACAUCAAGGAAAAUGGCUGCUUCUCUGCUGGGAACAACAACAAUGACGACGAUGCCAGGCGUGCAUCUGUCCUUCUUUGUCUGGAGAAUGCCCAUAAGAGAGACACAGUCAUCACGCCAGAGUGUCUCGCUGAGAUGAUGGACCUUCGUAAAACUCUGAUGGCAGAUUUCAAGAUAAAUCCUGAGAUAGUGGCCUCGUGUGGUGCUGAGAUCAAUACAAUGUGUGAGGGAGGGUUGACAAGAGGGGGAAAGACCAUUCACUGCCUGAUGGAACAUGCCAGGAACCAACACAAGAAGGCUAGCCCCCAGUUGUCUCCACCCUGUGUCAGAGCUCUGGAGAGCCUAGUGAGGGAGGCUGAUGUUGGCAGUGACUUCCGUAUGGACAGAAACCUGCAAAAAGCCUGUCAGGAGGUGGUCAAUAUCGUAUGCAAGGACAUUCAUCCUGGAGAUGCUGAGGUGAUCAAUUGCUUAAUGGACCACCUUGAUUCGGAAUAUAUGACUGACCUGUGUGAGGAAAAGUUGAUGCAGAUACAGUACUUCAUCGUGCGGGACUUCAGGCUGGAUGCCACCUUGUACAAGCACUGUCACCAGGACGCUUUCAAACUGUGCCACGCCCCCAAAACCUGGAUAGAGCAGGAUUCGACAAAUGUGGAGCUAGGUCCCAUGGUUCUCCCAUGUCUGUUCCGUUAUAUGAAGGACCACGACACUGAUCCUGAACUACAGGUCACCAGGGCUUGUAAGCACGAGAUUCUGAGAGUGAUGAGGCGCCGGUCAAAACGAGUUGAGUUGGACACAGAAAUUGAAAGGAAAUGUGUCAAUGACUUGGGACGAUUCUGUUCUGAUGGCCAGUCAGACAAUUACGAAAAAGGGGAGGAGCUGUCCUGUCUACAAGACAACUAUGACGACCUGGAGGAUGACUGUCAGGAAAUCAUUGGUAACAUCACGGAGAGCCAGGACACAUACCUGGAGCUAGACAACCUUGUCAUGAAGUCCUGUAUGCCAAUGAUUAAGAAGUUUUGUCGAGAGGAGAUGGAGGAGGAUGCAGAUGCUGAGGAGGUGAUGGACUGUCUCAUAGAGAACAAGCACGAUCCGUCAAUGGACGAGAGGUGUGCUGCAGGGGUGGAACAUCAUCAAAUCAUAUCAUUACAAGAUUUCCGGUUUAGUCACAAAUUCAAAGAAGCCUGUAAAGAAAAUGUGAUGAUGUACUGUAAAGGGAAAAAAUCAAAGUAUGAUGUGGUGGCCUGUUUGAGCGAACACGUGAGAAACGACACUGUCAUCGAGAUGAAACACAGGAUAUCAAAGGUCUGCCGUAAACAGCUGCGAUUUGAGGUCCUUCAAAGGGGAGAAAAAAUUGACCUUGACCCAGAACUUAAGAAGGCAUGUAAAAAAGAAUUGGAUACAGUGUGUUCUGGGGUGGAACAUGGAAAUGCAAAGGCAAUAGAGUGUUUAAAGCAGCACCCCAAGAGACUUGGUGACAAGUGUUCCAAAAUGAUAUUUGUCAGAGAGAAGGACGACGUUUACAUUGGAGACUUCAAGUUAAAGCAGGCCUGUGCUGGUAUGAUAAAGACAUAUUGUAAAACAGUGGUCCAGGCCAAUGGAGACGUGAUGCACUGUCUACAGAAACACAAAGACGAGACAGAGUUUGACAGGAAAUGUCGAACGUUUGUGAUUAAAAGACAAGUGAUCCAAAAUCAAGAUUACAGAUUGAACCCAUCAUUGAAGAAAAGCUGCAAGAUGGACAUCGUCAAAUUCUGCAAUGAUCUUGUUCGGACAGAAAAGAACGACGUUGAAUUGGAGGGAAAAGUAAUUAACUGUCUAAAGAAACAGUUUGCUGUUAAUCGAUUGUCGCGGGAUUGUAAUGCAGAGAUCAGAGAUGUGAUCAAAGAUGCAGCACUGAACUACCUUGAAGAUCCGGUUUUAUCCAAGGCUUGUGAAACUGUGAUUGCAACAGUUUGUGCAGAUGAACACAACAAGGCGAUGCAGAGCGAGAACAGAGUGGUGGUCACGGAGGAUGGCAAGGGUGCUGUCAUCGAGUGUCUUAAGAAGAACAUCAAAAGUAUCAGGAACGGCAAAAAUGGUUUAUCAUGUGCCAAGGAAAUAGCGCGUACAAUACAGGAAGCUCAUAUAGAUGUUGGCGUGGAUCCCUUACUCCACACGGCCUGUCAGCAGGACUUGUCUAAACACUGUGGCCAUAUUAAUCCUGGAAAUGGCAGACAAAUGAACUGUCUGCUGAUCGAGCUGGAGGAUCGACCCGAUGGAAUGUCAACCGAUUGUAGAAACUUACUGUCAAAACGUAAAGAUUUGUGGGAGUUUUCCGUAAGGGUUGCUCCUCCGGAAGGCUUUGGAGAAAUUUACGAACAAAUCAGUAUAUCUCCUGCUAAAAAUUAUAUCUUAAGUAUAAUGAUAGUAGUGCUAGGUAUGAUAUUUUUAGUAGGUAUUACGUGUGGGCGAGUAACAAAGCGAGCAAAGGGAGACAAGCGAAAAUAGAGGAAGACACUGGGGACAGGAAGGACUUUCCUCUCUGGUAAUAAAAGCUGAAUGUGAUAAUAAUUUAAUAUUCACUCACUGAAAAAUUCAGUCCAGAUAAGAGAAAAAAAAAAUGUUAAGCUUAGAAUUGAGAAGUUAUGAGAACCAAGUUGUCAAUCAAAAAUAUUAAGUGAAGCUGUCAUACGUAAACAGCAGCAGCAGCAAGGCAUCAGUGUCGGCACUGCAAAUUCCAUCGACUUGUCUGUGUGGUGUAAAGUGGCAAAGGCAAGGAGUAGAACUAGGGUCCUUUCUAUUAACAUUUCAGGGACCUUGAAGUGAAGAAUAUCCAGUCGAAGUCUUCAAAUCAGAAAGUAUAAAAAAUUUAGAGGUUAACUCAAAAUUUCAGGGAUAAAAUUUAUUAAGAAGACCUGUUCUGGCCUAGAAACCCUAUAAGAGAGGUUGAGUAGGCCAGCUGGUCUGUUUAUCUUAAUCAUUCCAUUAUAGUCUAGCCAAUUUGAUUGUUUAAUAGGAAGUGGCCCUAGACCUGGAGUGUGUUCAAGAUCGCAGAUUCUACAUAGAGCAUUACAUUUAAGAGAAAGUAUAUUGCCGAUAUUGAAUGUCUGAAAACUUCAAUAUGACAGUUUAAGGUCAAUGAAAACUACUGCUUAGUGAAUUACAUCAUUCCUUCAUCAACGACUCAACAUAUUCUGAUAUGAGGUUAUACAUAUAGCAAGAAAAAUAACCUGCCAGCUAUUUCUUGCUGAAAAUGUAUUUUCAUACCCUUUUAUAAAAUCUGGAAUAAUUUUUUGUGGUACUUUUAUGGGGGAAAAAACAAGAUAAAAUAAAAUAUAAUCAACAACAGGGUUCUGAGAGGAAAUAAUCGAUAAAAUAAAAUAUAAUCAACAACAGGGUUCUGAGAGUUAAACUAGACUGGGCUAGACUGGGAUUCGAACCCGGGACUUCAGAUUGUUGUUCUAUCACUCUAACAGAAAUGGAAAUGUCCUGGCACAACUGUGCUUAAGUUAUUUCCUAAAUGAAAUUAAGGGGAGAUUACUGUAUAUAUACAGAAAACAGUAGUGCAGUAGGACAGGGAUACUUAAGAAAAAAA